CACGUCGAGAGGGUGGCUGCCAUUAAUCGCAGCUUGUCAAAAACAUGUUGUUGUUGUUUGUUUCUACUCUCUCUCUCUCUCUCUCUCUCUCUCUCUGCACUUGUUGUUUUUGCAGAAAACAAAAGAAAGACACAGAUAAAGACCUCGUCUAACUUCUCCUUUUCACUCUAGUCUUCUUCUAUUCUCUCCAUUCCCUUUCAUUUCACUCUAAUCCAUUUAUUUUAUUUUAUUACCUUUUCCGUCAAUUACCGAAAAGGUUUUUAUUCAACUUUUUUUCCAUUAUUCUAACAUACCUACCUACACGUAGCUAAGGUACUUCUUCAACUUCACUUCAAAUCAAAUCAAAUCAAUUCAAUUUCUACCCCUUUUCUCAUUUUUAUCUCUCAUAUCCACUUUUCACAAUUCAAUUAUUUCAUCUUUGGAUCAACCCCACUUCCUAAAUCCCCACUUUCUAUCUCUGAAUUCACCAUUUCUGGAUUAUAUUGUGGUUUAAUUGAACUGGGUAUUUGCAAGAUCUACGUAACCAUUUGUUUAACGCUCAAAGUUUUGAUCUUUAUAUUGUUUCAAACUCAAUUACCGGUUUGGAUCCGAUCAGGGUAGAAACAGCGCCAUCACAUGGCGCUGUUCAGAAGAUUUUUCUACCGAAAGCCGCCGGAUCGGCUUUUGGAGAUCUCCGACAGAGUAUAUGUUUUUGAUUGUUGCUUCUCCACGGACGUCUUGGAAGAAGAUGAAUACAGAGUUUAUAUGGGGGGAGUUGUGGCUCAGCUACAGGAUCACUUUCCAGAUGCUUCUUUCAUGGUGUUCAACUUCCGAGAAGGGGAGAGACGCACUCAAGUCUCAGACAUACUUUCUCAAUAUGAUAUGACAGUGAUGGAGUACCCUCGGCAAUAUGAGGGCUGUCCUCUUCUGCCUUUAGAGAUGAUCCAUCACUUUCUUCGAUCAAGUGAAAGCUGGUUGUCUGUGGAGGGGCAACAAAAUGUGCUUUUGAUGCAUUGCGAAAGGGGGGGUUGGCCUGUGCUGGCGUUUAUGCUAGCAGGUCUUCUGUUAUUCCGGAAACAGUACACUGGCGAGCAAAAGACUCUUGAAAUGGUCUACAAGCAAGCUCCCAGAGAACUACUCCACCUAUUAACUCCGUUGAACCCACAGCCUUCUCAGUUCAGAUAUCUUCAGUAUAUUUCGAGGAGACAUCUGGGUUCUGAGUGGCCACCAUCAGAAACACCCUUGUAUCUGGAUUGUUUGAUUCUUAGAGACCUUCCAUUAUUUGAUGAUGGAAAAGGUUGCAGGCCUGUUGUGCGUGUUUAUGGCCCGGACCCUUCUAAACCUGCCAAUAGAAGUUCAAAGCUUCUUUUUUCAACCUCAAACUCCAUAAAGCAUGCUCGACACUAUCAGCAGGCAGAGUGUGUGCUUGUGAAGAUUGAUAUCCAUUGUCGUGUUCAAGGAGAUGUGGUUCUUGAGUGCGUAAAUUUAAAUGAAGAUUGUACUGGCGAGGAGAUGAUGUUUAGAAUUAUGUUCCAUACUGCAUUUGUGCGGUCAAAUAUAUUGAUACUGAGCCGGGACGAAAUUGAUAUUUUAUGGGAUGCAAAGGAUCAAUAUCCCAAGGAAUUCAAAGCAGAGGUGCUUUUUUUGGACGCUGAUGCUGUUAUACCUGAUCUAAACACAGUAACGGUGAAUAAAGAUGCAAAUGAGACAGAAAGUCCUGAUGUAGAAAGUGCUUCACCUGAGGAAUUCUAUGACAUGGAAGAGAUUUUCAGCAAUGUGAUUGAUGCACAGGAAAGUAAGUCAGAGGAUGAUUCUCAUAUUUUUCAUGACAAUGCAGGGGAUGAUGAAAAUCGUAAAGUGAUCUGGAGGGAGGAUUCAGAUCCUCUUGCUUUUCAGGAUUGCACACUAGAUGAUGGGAUUAACAAACAGGUUGGAAAGAUGGAUUCCGGUAUUAAUGGUGUGAAAGAUAUCUCUGUUGAUGAUGUUAACUACAAGUUCAAUGAGAGCAUGGAUUCAGAUCCUCAGGCAGUGAAGGACAUUGCCAUGGACGAUGUAGAAAUUAAGUUAACUUCCACUGCCAUCACUUAUGAUAUGACGAUACCUCUGGAAACAAAGGAAAUCACGGAGGAUGCUGAUCGGGGAUUGGCAACUAUACAUGAGAAAUGCGAUGAAGGUGACGAAGCGACAGAAGAGGAAUUAGAUUACAAGGAAGGGAAGCCUAUGCCUGAUAGUUCCAAACAAAAAUCAGGCAAACUACUUCCAUCUACUGCUAAGAAACAACUUCCAUCAAACUCAAAGCCAGGAGAUACUGUUGGAAAACAAAAGAUUAAAGAAAACCCUGCUUUUCAGGCGAAACAAGCUAAACCAACUGCAGUGUUAAGGUGGAUUCCUUCUAACAAGGGUUCGUACACAAAUUCAAUGCAUGUAUAUUAUCCACCUACAAGGAUUAAUAGUGCCCCUGCUGGACUGUCAAAUUUAACCACUUCAAAGGAGAAAACGGAAGAUAGCAAAGCAAGAUCUUUAUCUGCUCCUUUUGGUUCUGGAGUAGUUGUUUCCGCUGACAUGAAAAUUGACCUGAAAAGUCGGAAGGUAGGCGCAUCGAAAUCUUUUGGCCACACAGUAUCAGAAAUUGGUGCAAAAUGUCCACCACCACCACUAUCAGUUAAAGAGACAUCUCUUAAGCUAGCUGCUCAGGCACAAGAACAGAGGUCAGAGCAAUUGCUACAGCCUCCCCCACAGUCUCCUCCUCUCCCUCCUCCUCCUCCGCCACCACCACCACCACCACGUGCUUUAGGCGACUCUUCACAUUAUUUUGGACCGUUAACGCCACUUGCAACACCAUCUUCUGUGGUUGGAAAGGGAUCCACCGUACCACCUCCGCCACCACCUCCACCGCCAUCGUUAACAUCAUUUAGUAGACAAGACAUUAAGGUGAAUUUACAGGCUGCAACUUCUCAUCCACCUCCACCACCACCUCCACCCUCCUGGAAGUCUGUGGCUUCAUCAAUAGUUGGAGAGACUUGUGGUUCUUUACCACUCUCCCCGCCCGCUCUUCCCUUUGCAAGCAGUGAAAUCACAUCAAAAUUUUCUGAAGUGCUUACUGCAGUGGCCCCGUCAAGGCCUCCUCCUCCACCACCACCACCACCACCCCCAAUUCCCCCUCCAAGGUACGAAAUUUCAGCCAUUCCUCCACCACCAUCAACAGUACCUCCUACAAAGCAUGGAAUUUCAUCAAUUCCUCCUCCACCUCCUCCCCCUCCCCCCUCAUUUUCUACGUCUUCAACAAACAUGUCUCCAUUCUCGCCACCUCCAGUUGCAUCUCAUAAAGCUCUACCCCCACCGCCACCCCCACCUCCACCACCCUUUGCUAAUUCAUAUACAGGUUCACCUACACCACCUCUUCCUCCAGCUCCUUUUUGCAAGGCUCCACCACCUCCGCCUCCACCUCCUUUUACUAAUGCUCCACCACAACCACCUUUAACUAAAGCUCCACCUCCACCACCACCACCACCACCUCCUCCUUUUACUAGUGCUCCACCAACACCACCCCCACCUCCUCCACCCCCUUUUAGUACAUCCCAGUCCCCACCUUCUCCUUUUAGUAGAGCUCCACCGCCCCCACCACCACCUCUUCCUCAGUCAGGUGGAUCCCCACCUCCACCUCCACCUCCUCCAAUGUCCAAAGCCCCUCCACCUCCCCCUCCUCCAAUGUCCAGAGCCCCUCCACCUCCCCCUCCUCCAAUGUAUGGCUCCCCUCCACCCCCACCAAUGUCCAGAGCUCCUCCACCUCCUCCAAUGUCUGGAGCCCCUCCACCUCCACCUCCUCCAAUGUCUAGAGCUCCUCCACCGCCUCCUCCAAUGCACGGAGCACCACCACCACCGCCUCCUGGUGGUCAAGGUCCGCCUCCUCCCCCACCUCCCGGUGGUCGAGGCCCGCCUCCUCCCCCUCCUCCCGGUGGUCGAGGCCCACCUCCUCCCCCUCCUCCUGGUGGUCGAGGAGGCCCACCUCCUCCACCUAUUCCUGGUGGUGCACCUCCACCGCCUCCACCCUUGGGUUCCAAAGGGGCAAAUGUUGGUCCUGCACGCCCUGGUGCACCAGGGCGUGGAUAUGCACGUCCUGGUGCGGUGGCACCCCGUAGAUCCUCCUUAAAGCCUUUGCAUUGGAGUAAGGUUACAAGGGCAUUGCAAGGAAGUUUAUGGGAAGAAUUACAAAGACACGGUGAACCUCAAACUGCAUCAGAGUUUGAUGUUUCAGAGCUAGAGAAGCUUUUCUCUGCAAAUGUUCCAAAACCUACUGAUUCAAGUAGCAAAUCUGGAGGGAGGCGCAAGUCUGCUGGAUCUAAACCUGACAAAAUUCAAUUGGUUGACCUAAGGAGAGCCAAUAAUACGGAAAUCAUGCUAACUAAGGUUAAGAUGCCACUCCCUGAUAUGAUGGCUGCAGUACUGGCUUUGGAUGACUCGGUAUUAGAUGUUGAUCAGGUGGAAAAUCUCAUUAAGUUUUGUCCUACCAAAGAGGAAAUGGAACUUUUAAAGGCAUACACUGGCGACAAGGAGAGUUUGGGGAAGUGUGAACAGUUUUUUUUGGAGCUGAUGAAGGUGCCAAGGGUGGAGUCAAAAUUAAGAGUAUUUGCUUUCAAAAUUCAGUUUCAGGCUCAGGUUACAGAAUUUAGGAGGAGUUUAAACACUGUGAACUCAGCCUGUGAAGAGGUCCGGAAAUCUGACAAACUGAAAGAUAUCAUGAAGAAAAUUCUUUUUUUGGGUAAUACAUUGAAUCAGGGAACGGCAAGAGGAUCUGCAGUUGGAUUUAAGUUGGAUAGUCUUUUAAAGCUCACUGACACUCGUGCUUCUAACAGUAAGAUGACACUAAUGCAUUAUCUUUGCAAGGUGCUAGCUGAAAGGUCGCCUGGACUCCUUGAUUUUCACAAAGACCUUGGUAGUCUGGAAGGUGCCUCUAAGAUACAAUUGAAAUCAUUAGCAGAAGAGAUGCAGGCAAUCACCAAGGGAUUAGAAAAGGUUAAACAAGAGCUUGCUGGUUCGGAAAAUGAUGGACCUGUGUCCGAAGUUUUCUGUAAGACAUUGAAAGAAUUCAUCACUGCAUCUGAGUCGGACGUGGCAGAUCUACUAAACUUAUAUUCUAUGGUGGGUAAAAACGCGGAUGCACUUGCACAGUAUUUUGGCGAGAAUCCUGCUCAAUGCCCAUGUGAACAAGUUACUGCAACUCUAUUAAAUUUUAUAAGGUUGUUCCGGAAAGCACAUGAAGAGAAUUGCAAACAAGCAGAGUUAGAAAAGAAGAAAGCCGAGAAAGAGGCUGAAACGGAGAAGGCUAAGGGCGUUAACUUAACAAAGAAGAGUGCAAAAGAUAGUUGAUGACUGGGUUUUUUGCUCCUUUGCUUCGACAACCUGCUCUUACCGAAGAACAGGAAUCUACCCAUGCAAGGGUAAGGCUUCUGAGACCAGUUAUGACUUAUGAAGCUCCUCUUUCGACAAUGAUGACGUGAAAAUGAGCCUUCUGAGCUUAUCUUUCGAAGGUGGACUAGCAAAUUCAUGCCACAUGGGGAUCUUGAACAUUCAACAAGCUUAUGAGUUCAUUUUUUGAUGGAAAGCUGUUGGAUCUUUCCCGCAGAGGUUAUUCCAAAUGGGUCUUUGAUGGAAAGCUGUUGGAUCUUUCCCGCAGAGGUUAUUCCAAAUGGGUCUUUGAUGGAAAGCUGUUGGAUCUUUCCCGCGAAGGUUUGAUCCUUUUUGUCAGAAGACUAGUUUUGAUUGAGGUUAUUCCAAAUGGGUCUUUGGAUUGUUGGAUCUUUCGCGCGGAGGAAAUUAAGACACACCGCGGUGGAUGCUUAUCCUUCAAUGAUUGCUACGAAAAUGAUGGAUCCAAUUCAUCUCGUGAUGGUUCUGAGAAGAGAUUUGUGUAGCAGAGCAUGCUUUCUACUGUUGUAGAAUUAGCAUUGAUCUGCCUAAUUCGUUUGGCUUAUUUUGUUGGCACCAGAGCAGAAGCUUUCUGGAUUUGCAAAGCCCUGCAACUGUAGUACCUUGAAACCCUUGUACAAAGCACUAACCCUAUCCUUUAGGAUCCAAUUCUUUCUCAUUAACCUAGAAAUUAGUUAUCCUUUUUAUGGAGAUUUUGGUAGGUACCAUCCAGAAAAUGUUGUAUAGGUAUCAGGUUAAGAGAGAAUAGAAAUCAGGUCAUUGUAUUUGUAACUGUAAUAUAUAAGUAAAGAGGUCUAAUUAGAAAUUAGAAAUGCAAUGCACGUUUCAUUUUUCUUGUGAAAUACAAUGAUCAAGUGUAAAAUGUUACUGUAACAUUCUGUUGUAUACGAAAAGAAAUUCUUAAUUUGCACGU